AUGCAUCUUCGAUUUUCUAGUGAACGGGAGACGGUUGUGAACAAACACAAGCCCUGGAUUGAGACAUCGUACCAUGGAAUCAUAACGGAAAACAAUGACACUGUAAUCCUGGAUCCUCCCCUUGUUGCUUUGGAUAAGGAUGCACCUGUUCCCUUUGCAGGUGAAAUCUGUGCUUUUAAAAUCCACGGACAAGAAAUGCCCUUUGAAGCUGUUGUGCUAAACAAGACAUCUGGUGAAGGUCGUCUUCGGGCAAAAAGUCCUGUUGACUGUGAACUGCAGAAGGAAUACACAUUUGUCAUCCAGGCCUAUGACUGUGGAUCAGGACCAGGUGGAACAAACUGGAAGAAAUCUCACAAGGCAGUGGUCCAUAUCCAGGUAAAGGAUGUCAAUGAGUUUUCACCAGCUUUCAAGGAGAGUGUGUAUAAGGCCACUGUGACAGAGGGGAAGAUCUAUGACAGCAUACUGCAGGUGGAAGCCAUAGAUGAGGACUGUUCUCCACAGUACAGCCAGAUCUGCAAUUAUGAAAUUGUCACAACUGAUGUACCUUUUGCCAUUGACAGAAAUGGUAAUAUCAGAAACACUGAGAAACUGAACUAUGACAAACAGCACCAGUAUGAGAUAAAGGUAACAGCUUUUGACUGUGGGCAAAAACAUGCAAUGGAAGAUGUCUUAGUACGAGUUAACGUCAAACCGGUGUGCAAACCAGGCUGGCAAGACUGGAACAAACGGAUUGAAUACAAGCCUGGUUCUGGCAGCAAACCUUUGUUUCCCAGCAUUCAUCUAGAAACCUGUGAUGGACCAGUGUCCUCAAUACACACCACCAUUGAAUUGCAGACUAACUACAUUGGAAAGGGCUGUGACCGUGAGACGUACUCAGAAAAAUCACUGCAGAAACUGUGUGGAGCUUCCUCAGGUGCCAUUGACCUAUUACCAUCUCCCAGUGCAACAAGUAACUGGACAGCUGGGCUUCUCGUGGAUAAUAAUGACAUGAUUUUUAAAUUUGAUGGAAAGCAAGGAGCCAAAAUCCCAGAUGGAAUAGUCCCGAAGAAUUUAACUGAUCAAUUCACCAUCACUCUGUGGAUGAAACAUGGACCUAGUCCAGGACUAAGAGCUGAGAAGGAGACUAUUCUCUGCAACUCUGACAAGACAGAGAUGAACCGGCAUCACUAUGCCCUGUACGUGCACAACUGCCGAUUGGUGUUUCUGUUGCGCAAAGACUUUGAUCAGGCUGACACCUUUCGUCCCGCAGAGUUCCACUGGAAACUGGAUCAGAUUUGUGAUAAAGAAUGGCAUUACUAUGUUGUCAAUGUUGAGUUUCCCGUCGUUACAUUAUACAUGGAUGGAACAACGUAUGAACCUUACCUUGUGACCAAUGACUGGCCUAUCCACCCUUCCCACAUAGCCAUGCAGCUCACAGUUGGUGCUUGUUGGCAAGGAGGUGAAGUCACCAAGCCGAGAUUUGCUCAGUAUUUCCACGGCAGCCUGGCCAGUCUCACGAUCCGGCCAGGCAAAAUUGAGAGUCAGAAAGUGAUUUCCUGUUUGCAGGCCUGCAAGGAAGGUCUGGAUAUUAACUCUCUUGAGAGUCUCGGCCAAGGAAUAAAGUAUCACUUCAACCCUUCCCAGUCAGUCCUUGUCAUGGAAGGAGAUGACAUUGAGAAUAUAAAUCAAGCUCUCCGAAAGGUCUCAUACAUCAACUCUAGACAGUUUCCUACUGCAGGCGUACGACGUCUCAAAGUCUCAUCUAAAGUCCAAUGUUUUGGUGAAGAUGUCUGCAUUAAUAUCCCAGAUAUAGAUGCGUAUGUAAUGGUGUUUCAGGCCAAUGAGCCCAAGAUUACGAUAAGUGGGAUGGACCACUUUGCUAGACCAGCUGCACAAUUUGAAAGUGAAAGAGGAGUUAUUUUGUUACCUGACAUCAGAAUUGUCAGCACAGUCACUAAAAUGGAGCAUCCAGUGGAUGAAGAUGACAGAGCCAAUAAGCCAGUGGUAUUAGAGGAAAUGCUGCACAACUUGGAUUUCUGUGAUGUUUUGGUCAUUGGCACAGAACUAGAUCCUGAACAUGAGUGUUUAGAACUAGAUCAUGUGGAACUUCAAGGAAAACAUCUAGAUGCCACAAAUUCCACAGCAGGAUAUUCCGUCUAUGGUGUGGACAGCAUGAACAACUAUGAACAGGUUCUCCGGCAGAUUCGCUAUCGUAACUGGGACACUUCUGCCACCUUUGACAGGAAGUUCAGAGUCAAGUGCUCAGAGCUAAACGGACGUUACACUAGCAACGAAUUUGACUUGGAGGUAAGCAAUCAUUUAGUCAAGUCCUCUUUUCUAGAGGGGAGGCUGAGCUCUAGCCUUAUUUUCAGCAACACUGAGUUUUCUCUAAA